GGGUAUAAAAGAGAACAGAGCCGACAAUUAAGUUUCAUCAGUCCUAAUACAGCUGUUUCAAGCCAAAAUGAAGAUUGUCAUUCUUGCCGCCCUUUUCGCCUGCGCUAUGGCUAUGCCCAAGCGCAUGGUUUUGCCCCGCCUUCCGGCUUCGGUCAUCAUGAAGGGCAAAUACCAGCUCAUCCCCGAGAACAAAAUCGUUGGAGGAGCUGUUGUGGAGCCUAACUCACUCCCCUUCCAGGUUUCUCUGCAACGUCGCAGUGGCGUUGGCUCCUAUUCCCAGUCGUGCGGUGGUUCCAUCCUCGAUGAAAACGUUAUCAUCGAUGCUGCCCAUUGCGUCCGCGGAGUCACUGAUUUGACCAUUUUCCGUGUCGUCGCCGGUGAGCACAGCCUGAGGACCGACAGCGGUCUCGAACAGAACCGUGCUGUUACUCGCUUCGUCAUGCACGAGGACUACAAGCCAUUGACUUUUGAGAAUGACAUCGCUCUGCUCUUCUUGGAUGCUCCAUUGGACUUGAGCGUAGCCGAGGCCAAGGCCGUCCUUCUGCCACCCCCCACUUCCGAAUUGGACCCUCCCGCAGGAACCAUCGUCACCGUUUCCGGAUGGGGAACCACCAGCUCUGGUGGUGUCAUCUCCGACCAACUGCGCAGCGUCGAUGUCCCAGUCGUCGAUGAUGAUACUUGCAACCGCGCCUAUGGUGGUACCGCUGCCAGCCCCGAGGUUUACCCAUCCAUGUUGUGCGCCGGAGAUAUCUCCAACGGUGGAAUCGACUCUUGCCAAGGAGAUUCUGGUGGUCCCCUCUUCACCGGCACUGGUGCCAGCGCCGUCCAACACGGAAUCGUCUCCUGGGGUCAGGGAUGCGCUCUUGCUAACUACCCUGGUGUCUACACUCAGGUGUCUUUCUUCUUGGACUGGAUCGCUACUAACCGAGUUUAAACUUAGUUGAUCAACCAAUAUGUCCGAAUUUACCUUCCCUUUUAAAGCAUUCCCACUGCGUUGGUUCCAAUUUAUAUUCUAAUAACACCUUUGCUCUGAAUGUACACUGUUACCAACCAUGUACCAAAAGACAAAUAAAUUUAUGGACACACGCA